AUGUGCAUUCCUACUCCACUGCGUUUAUAUUAUGUUCUGACCACGGAUUUCUUCUCUUUCUCGCUGUCUGUCUGCCUGUCUCUCUGUCUCUCCGCGUUCUUUUUAACUUUUUCCCCCUUUUCUCCCCAUCUCUAUCUAUCUCAAAUACUUCGGUCACUUUCCCGCUUUCUUUUUAGUAUUUCUCUAUCUUCUUUACACUCCUUUCCUGUCUCUUUGAAUCUUCAUAUUUUUCUUUCUUCUCGUCCUUUCCACUAUCAUGAAACAAAUUAUAAUUUUUUUCUUUCUUUCUUCUCUUCUCUUCUCUUCUCUUCUCUUCUUUCUUUCUUCUCUCCUUUCUAUAUUUUUCUUUCUUCUCGUCCUCUCCAAUGUCUUAAAACAAAUUAUAAUUUCUAUUCUUUCUUUCUUUCUUCUCUUCUCUUCUCUUCUCUUCUCUCCUUUCUUUCUUUCACAAAUCUCUCCUCUCAAUAUUUCUCUUUCUUCUUGUCUUCUCCAUUAUUUUCUUUCUUCUUUCCUUAUUUCAUUUUUCAAAUCUUCAUUCUUUCUUUGACAAACUUUAUUCUGUUUUUAUUUUUCAAAUCAUUUUCCUUCUUUAUUUUUCAAAUCUUUUUCCUUCUGUUUUUCGCAUCUUUCUCCUUCGUUUUUACAAAAAUCUUCUUCCUUUUUCUUCGUUUUUCUAAUCAAAAUUUUUCUUCACUUUUAAUAAAUUUUCUUUUUUCUUUAUUUAGAUACAUCUUCCCCAUUUUACAAGUCUUUCUUUCUUUUUACAGAUCUUUAUUUGUUUUUAUAGACUUUUCUUUUUUUUUACAAUUCAUUUUUCUUUUUAUAAUUUUCUCUUCUUAUUUUUUAAUUCUUUUUCUUCCUAUCUUCCUCCUUUUUAUCAAUUUCUACCUUUCUUCUUUUUUUUACAAACUUUGUUCCUUUUUUUCUUUAUUUUUAUAG